UUCUAAAUUCUGAAAAUUAGUGAUAUAUCCUACCAAAGUAUAUAUACAUAUGCGUAUAUUAAUACAAGUCGUUUGUAGUGUGCCGUGAAAUAGUUUUGAUUUGGUGCAAUGCAGUCGUUUCUGGGUAGUAACGUGAGCCAGGGCAAUAGGCCUCAAUAGGCCUUCCCAAGGGCAAUAAUCUGCGGGAGCAUAACACUAGCUGGUCAUAUUUGCAGUAAAAAAGGGAUCAAUACGUUUCACUGACAUUAAAUUUAUAUUCUAGAAAAUGCAUAAACCAUAUGUUUUCUCUGCGGUUGCAUCCAUUUUUUUAAAGGCGACUUAAUGUAACGGAUUUGCUGACGAUUACUAAUGAAUACUCCCUUCGAAACUUACAUUAAUAAAUGAUGAUUGAGACAUCUAUCUACCGUACUAAUUGUGUACCUCUUGUAGUUUUUACGCUACUUAUAAUCGACCAUCGACUGAUCAUUGUGGAUUCUAGAGUUGAGGUACUACCCAAACCAAUGGAGAAUAAAUAUGUGACAAGUGAACUUUCGAAGGGAAAACCUGAAGAAAUUAAAAUACCAGUUGACCACGAGCAGAUCGUCCGAUUGCCGUCAAACUCUUUACUCAAAUACACAUCCUACAAGGAUGUAGCUAUUUUGCACUUCCGUAUUCCACCGGAUUCUCGAGAUGCUUAUUUUACCUUUAAAGCAUUUGAGGAAUCUAAGAAUGCUUUUCAACGGAAGUGCAAAGUUAAGGAUGUUACGUUGCACCUGAAGGCAAGCAGCUACCCAGUAAUUAGCCCUGAAAAUAUUACAUUUCCGAAGAACUUUUUCAGCCCUGAGCAAAGGUUUAAAGUUUAUAGCCUACAAUUCCAGUCCAAUGAGCUGCAACAACGUAUUGAUAUACAGGGUCCUCACAUAGGUAGCUGGUUUGCCGUAGCAUUUGUCAGUUGGACAGAUCCAAAUAAUGAUCGCAUUGAGCAACAAGGCCUCGCUGCAUCAUGCGACACGUUAUUGAUGGCUGAGAUGUCGGUGACACGCUUCCGCCCGAUUAUUUUAAGUAAUGGUCAAGUACAUAAUGGAAAUCUAACGAACAAUGAUAAUUCUCACGACCCAAAUAGCUUACAUAAAGCUUAUAUCGAAAACAGCGAGACUUCACAUAACAAAAGCACAUCCCAAGCCAAUCUGACCAUGGAGCAUCCUGUUAAUCGAAGCGCUGAAGACCAAAGUCGUUCUAUGCAUGGUACUCAAAAAAAACUAAAAGAUCUGGGGGAAAGACAAUACUUAUCAGAGGCUCUUGGUAUAAAAAUCAAAAGGACUGCUCAACUUCAAAAUUUCACUCACAAUCACCCCACAUCCGGGUCGAAGAGCGAUGCGUACAAACGCCACGACACUGACAGAAGCAACGGAAACAAUGAAAUUACGUACAAAUUCUAUGUGCCUGACGACAUUGGUGUUGCCACGGCCCGUAUCUCGUUUGUACAAAUGUGCGUACACUGUCCAGAUGUUGGUUUUUAUGUCCAAGCAAAUGCAUACCCAGAGGAAAAUAUUGUUAGUGAACACAGCGAGGACGAACAGAAGAAUAUUCACAGUGAGGUGAUCCGGUCAAAUCAGACGAAGGAAAUCUCAAUUCAAUUUUGUGUGCAGCCGAGCACAUGGCACUAUGCCAAGCUGACAUUUGUUAGCAAAGCGGAAGAAGUUAAGAAUGGGACAGGAAAAAAAGCCACACUGACCGAAGGAGAUGCAGCAACCGAUCGCUUCUUAGAAUCUGAGCUUCGUUUGUUGAAAAAGCUCAUUGAUAAACCAAAAUUGGAUCUGCCGGACCAAAAUUUAUCGUAUGCUAUGCAAAUUGAUUUUCAUCUUCCAGAGCCUAUCACUGAGUUAAAGAGAAAAAACAUGCAUGCUGAAAACGGUACCAACAACUUUAACGCAUGGACGCCGACGCGCUUUCGUCACAUGAACUUUUAUUCACUGCUGCGACAAACAUAUCGCGAGUUCUUUAUGUUUGAUUAUGAUCUCAAGCCAGAUGAAAAUGGCACCGUCCCUGGCGUCCUUAACUUAACGACAGAAUCUGCUUCAGGAUUCUCAUUUGACCUCGGCGAAGUGAAUGAUAUUGGGGGCACACUGACAUUCGCAGUGUCUAUGAAGCAUGCUCUCCAUACAAAUUCGGAUAUAAAGAUGCCUCCCCCCAUACUUUCGCCAGCCUCCGAUCGUGGUGGCAUACUAGCUGAAAAACUUAUAAGCGAUCGGGAAGACACUGAACUGCCAGAAGACCAAAUACUCAUAAAAUCCAAUAAUAACAGCAUACAAAUAGUUGUUUGUAUGCAAUUGGGCGAGCCCGGAGUUCCCAUAUGGCCGGAUAAAUGCCGGUACGGACAGCGUCUGAGACACGCCUCUAAAAUAGUAAACAACACGGAUAGCGUUGGUCUAAUUCAUGUUCCCUUUCCUGAAAGUGGACGAUGGUAUGUGACCAUGGGACUCUACUGCCAUGGACCAAAAACGUCACGUAGUACAACAAUCGAUAGUAUCAGACAAUUCGUUGGACAUCAUAAAAACCUCCUGAACGAAAUGCGCUCUCCGUGCCCCUGUGCUAGUGCUGCUAAAGAAUACGAUGCCUGUAUAAAAUCGAAAGACUGCUUGGAUGGAAUGAAUGAAACGGAGACUUUAAAAGUGAAGGAGUGCAUGAUGGAUUAUCAAUGCACUUCCAACUACGACGACAUGGCACGACUAUUUGAGAUACAUCACAAAACUGCGACGGAGGAAUAUGUUGCAGUCAAUAACUGUAACACCUCAGUGGUAUUUUCUGUGUCAUCGAGCCCUUGCGUGGCAGGACGUUGCGGCAACUUUGGCCGCUGUUAUCACUACAUGUCCGGCGGCUUUGUUUUUUCCACAUGCGUAUGCAUGAAGGGAUAUCGCGGCUGGGACUGUACAGAAGAUUCCCAGGUUCCUACAAAUAUGUCCAUCCUACUUGCAUCCUUGCUACUAACUUUAAGUAACUUGAUUUUCUUUCCGAGCAUUUACGUCGCUCUGAGUCGCCGCUACUUUACAGAAGGCGUCAUUUAUUUUUUUGCAAUGUUCUUUUCGACUUUCUACCAUGCCUGCGAUUCGGGCGAGGAGGAGUAUAGUUUUUGUCUGGUAAAAAUUGGUGUGUUACAGUUUUGCGAUUUCUAUUGCGGACUUUUGGCUAUCUGGGUAACACUUGUGGCUAUGGCCGACAUCCGACAACAGCUUGCGGCUCCUUUGCAUAUGUUUGGUGCUAUUCUACUAGCAUUUGGAACAGAGCUUAAUAAACAGAGCCUAUGGGUCUUUCUCGCACCAGCCUUGACUGGAAUCUGCCUAAUUUCGACCAGCUGGGGCAUUCGCUGUGCCAAAACCCGCAAAAUGUACCCGUCUCGUCGCUACUUGACAGUUUGGCUACCUUUUGGCAUUUGCUUGGUCUGUGUAGGAUUAGUGUGUUAUGCUUUUCUGCAAACGAAGCAAAACUAUCACAUUAUUCAUUCAAUAUGGCAUAUAGUUAUGGCACUGAGCAUUUUAUGUUUAUUGCCUUCACGAAUCUCAUGUACGGCGAAAUGCUAGAAUUUUUAGAUAGCCUAAUGAAUUAAAGAAAGAUUGAUAUUUCUACAUAACAGAUCCCAUUAUGUCUUUUAAUGGCAGUUUUAAAUUUAAAAAAAUUGUAAUUGUUUAAUUGUAAAUUUU